AUUUUCAAAAUGAAAGCUUCUUCUAAAACACACUUGGUCGCUGGCAUUAAGCUUCCAAAGAUAAAGCCUGGAUCUGAAUCUAGACCUGAACCCAGCGGUGUGUCCAUAAAGAGUGACCGGUCCAUGGAUGAUCUUCUUACUUUUCAACAUGAACACCUGUCAGCUGAUCAAAGAGUUCAUCAGCAGAGCUUCAAGGUUCUCAGUGGUCAGUCUGUCCAGCAGCGUCACACAGACCUGGACUCCAUAUUUACGCUGCUCGAGGAGAACAUUGUUAGUUUUGUGAAGAACGAGCUGAAGAAGAUCAGGAAGAAUCUGAGUCCAGAUGACCCAGAAUGCUUAGAGAGUCAGAGGGAGGAUGAGGAGGUGUUGGACGGUGAGGAUGAAGAGCAGAGGAGGAGCAGCAGAGAGUCAUUUCUGAAGAUCACACUGGACUUCCUGAGGAGAAUGAAGCAGAAGGAGCUGGCUGACUGUCUGCAGAGCAGAACUGGUGCUGCAGUGUGCCGACGUGAACUUCAAUCUGACCUGCAGAAGAAGUUCCAGUGUGUGUUUGAGGGGAUUGCUAAAACAGGAAACCCAACCCUACUGAACCAGAUCUACACAGAGCUCUACAUCACAGAGGGAGGGACUGCAGAGGUCAAUGAUGAACAUGAGGUCAGACAGAUUGAAACAGCAUCCAGGAAACCAGACAGACCAGAAACAACAAUCAGACAAGAAGACAUCUUUAAAGCCUCACCUGGAAGAGAUGAACCAAUCAGAACAGUGAUGACAAAGGGAGUGGCUGGCAUUGGGAAAACAGUCUUAACACAGAAGUUCACUCUGGACUGGGCUGAAGACAAAGCCAACCAGGACAUACAGUUCAUGUUUCCAUUCACUUUCAGAGAGCUGAAUGUGCUGAAAGAGAAACAGUUCAGCUUGGUGGAACUUGUUCAUCACUUCUUCACUGAAACCAAAGAAGCGGGAAUCUGCAGGUUUCAAGACUUCCAGGUUGUGUUCAUCUUUGACGGUCUGGAUGAGUGUCGACCUCCUCUGGACUUCCACAACACUGAGAUCCUGACUGAUGUUACAGAGUCGACCUCAGUGGAUGUGCUGCUGACAAACCUCAUCAGGGGGAAACUGCUUCCCUCUGCUCGCCUCUGGAUAACCACAAGACCUGCAGCAGCCAAUCAGAUCCCUCCUGACUGUGUUGACAUGGUGACAGAGGUCAGAGGGUUCACUGACCCACAGAAGGACGAGUACUUCAAGAAGAGAUUCAGAGAUGAGGAGCAGGCCAGAAGAAUCAUCUCCCACAUCAAGACAUCACGAAGCCUCCACAUCAUGUGCCACAUCCCAGUCUUCUGCUGGAUCUCUGCUACAGUUCUGGAGGAUCUGUUGACGACCAGAGAGGGAGGAGAGAUGCCCAAGACCCUGACUGAGAUGUACAUCCACUUCCUGGUGGUUCAGUCCAAAGUGAAGAACAUCAAGUAUGAUGGAGGAGCUGGGUCAGAUCCACACUGGAGUCCAGAGAGCAGGAAGAUGAUUGAGUCUCUGGGAAAACUGGCUUUUGAGCAGCUGCAGAAAGGAAACCUGAUCUUCUAUGAAUCAGACCUGACAGAGUGUGGCAUCGAUAUCAGAGCAGCCUCAGUGUACUCAGGAGUGUUCACACAGAUCUUUAAAGAGGAGAGAGGACUGUACCAGGACCAGGUGUUCUGCUUCGUCCAUCUGAGUGUUCAGGAGUUUCUGGCUGCUCUUCAUGUCCAUCUGACCUUCAUCAACUCUGGAGUCAAUCUGCUGGAAGAAGAACAAUCAGCCUCCCGGUGGUCUAUUGUCCUCAGAACCAAAACUAAAUUAACACACUUCUACCAGAGUGCUGUGGACAAGGCCUUACAGAGUCCAAAUGGACACCUGGACUUGUUCCUCCGCUUCCUCCUGGGACUUUCACUGCAGACCAAUCAGACUCUCCUACGAGGUCUGCUGACACAGACAGGAAGUGACUCAAGAACCAAUCAGGAAACAGUCGAGUACAUCAAGAAGAAGAUUGAAGAGACUCCCUCUGCAGAGAGAAGCAUCAACCUGUUCCACUGUCUGAAUGAACUGAAUGAUCGUUCUCUAGUGGAGCAGAUCCAACAGUCCCUGAGUUCAGGAAGUCUCUCCACAGAGGAACUCUCUCCUGCUCAGUGGUCAGCUCUGGUCUUCAUCUUACUGACAUCAGAAGAAGAUCUGGACGUGUUUGACCUGAAGAAAUUCUCUGCUUCAGAGGAGGCUCUUCUGAGGCUGCUGCCAGUGAUCAAAGCCUCCAACAAAGCUCUGUUGAGUGGCUGUAACCUCUCAGAGAGAAGCUGUGAAGCUCUGUCCUCAGUUCUCAGCUCCCAGACCUCUAGUCUGAAAGAUCUGGACCUCAGCAACAAUGACCUGCAGGAUUCAGGAGUGAAGAAGCUCUGUGCUGGACUGGAGAGUCCACACUGUGGAUUGGAAGCUCUCAGGCUGUCAGGCUGUCUGAUCACAGAGGAAGGCUGCUCUUCUCUGGCCUCAGCUCUGAGCUCCAACCCCUCCCAUCUGAGAGAGCUGGACCUGAGCUACAAUCAUCCAGGAGACUCAGGAGUGAAGCUGCUGUCUGCUGGAGUGGAGGAUCCACGCUGGAGACUGGACACUCUCAGGGUGGACCAUGGUGGAGAGCAGAGGUUAAAACCUGGUCUGAAGAAGUAUUUCUGUCAGCUCACACUGGACACAAACACAGUGAGCACAUACCUCAAACUGGAAGACAACAACAGGAAGGUGACAUGUGUGGAGGAGGAUCAGUCGUAUCCUGAUCAUCCACACAGAUUUGACUGCUACUGUCAGCUGCUGUGUGGAGAUGGUCUGACCGGUCGCUGUUACUGGGAGGUGGAGUGGAGAGGAGAAGUUUAUAUAGCAGUGACUUACAGAGGAAUCAGAAGGAAAGGAGACAAUGAAGAGUGUGUGUUUGGAAGGAACCAUCAGUCCUGGAGACUGAGCUGCUCUGAGUAUGGUUACUUUGUCUGGCACAAUGACAGAAGAACUGAGCUCUCGUCCUCGGUCUCUGACAGAGUAGCAGUGUAUGUGGACUGUCCUGCUGGCUCUCUGUCCUUCUACAGAGUCUGCUCUGACACACUGAUCCACCUCCACACCUUCAGCACCACAUUCACUGAACCUCUUUAUCCUGGGAUUGGGUUUGGGUUCUGGCCUGGUUCCUCAGUGUCUCUGUGUUCUGUGUAGGACGGAGACAACUUCCAGUCCUGUGUUUAAAUGUUGGUGGUGGACGAGGCUUCACUUUGGUGAACAUUUGGCUCACUGAUUGUACCUUUAAUGUCAGAAAUGUUUGGUCUUAGAAAUGGUGAGAUGAUCUCUUCAGGGCUGAACUUGUUACAGACUGUGUUGACUUUGAUUUUCACUUUAAGAAAGUUUUCUUGGAGCAGCGUCUAGUAGCUGCUCAUGGCUGUAGUGGCCGUCAUUGAGUUCAAUGAAGGUUUAAAAAUAAAAAACACACAGAGUUGAAGUUAGUGUACUGAUGAUGCAGAUCAAUGUUUUCCACUUUGCAUCAUCUUGGGGUUUUUCUGUGACAAACUUUUAAUUGAACAAUUUAAAAUGCAUGUAAAAAAUAAAAUAUAUA